CUGUAACCAAUCACAUGCCUCCAUUUUCUGGUGGGCGUGUCAUACGCUCAGCGCUCACAAACCCAAGCUAACGAAUAAACAACUAAGUUAGCUUUGUCGGCUAGUUAGCAGCUUCUGAAAUGGCGUCGUUAACGGCGACAGAGCCAGCGAUAUGUGCACUACCGGCAGCAGAGUCCAUAGUGCCCGCUUGUAUGUUUGCACCGGACCAGGGAUGUGCUGACGACCCGUGCAGCGGAGAGUGCUUCGAAGACGGCGAGGGUACAAACGGCGAGCCCGCGGAUCAUUUAGACCUCAGCAGCAAGCUGGUCCUAGUGAGUCCAACAGGGGAACAGUAUGAUUCAUUACUACGGCAUCUGAGGGAGCGGAUAGAUGAAGGCUGUGGAGAGACGAUCUAUGUGGUUGGGAUGGGUUCAGAUGGCGGUGACUACGGUCUGGAUGAGAAGGACAUGGAGGCGUCGGUAGCCACGGUACGGUCGCUGUGUGAACAGAUUGAGGCUGACCUGAUCUGGCUGAGGGAGAGGACAGACACCGGCGGAAAGAUUCAGGACUACCUCAUCCGCCGACGUGUGGGCGAGCAGGACUUUCUGGAAGUCAGAGUGGCGGUGGUAGGGAACGUGGACGCGGGCAAAAGCACUCUGCUGGGGGUUCUGACCCACGGUGAGCUGGACAAUGGCAGAGGCUUCGCUCGGCAAAAGCUCUUUAGACACAAGCAUGAAAUGGAAAGCGGCAGGACCAGCAGUGUGGGCAAUGAUAUCCUGGGGUUUGACCAGGAGGGACAGGUGGUGAACAAGCCAGACAGCCACGGUGGCGGCUUAGACUGGACCAAGAUCUGUGAGAAAUCCUCGAAGGUCAUCACCUUCAUCGACCUGGCUGGUCACGAGAAGUACCUCAAGACCACUGUCUUCGGCAUGACGGGGCACCUGCCUGAUUUCUGCAUGCUCAUGGUCGGCAGUAACGCUGGCAUCGUUGGCAUGACCAAAGAGCAUCUGGGUCUGGCACUGGCCUUGAAUGUGCCGGUGUUUGUUGUGGUUACUAAGAUAGACAUGUGUCCAGCCAACAUCCUGCAAGAGACGCUAAAAUUAUUACAGAGGUUAUUAAAGUCACCAGGCUGCAGGAAAAUCCCAGUGUUGGUCCAGAACAAGGAUGAUGUCAUCGUCACAGCCUCCAACUUUAGCUCUGAGAGGAUGUGUCCGAUUUUUCAAAUCUCAAAUGUGACAGGGGAGAACAUGGACCUGCUGAAGAUGUUCCUCAACCUCCUUUCAUCGAGGACCAACUUCAACAACGAUGAGCCUGCUGAGUUCCAGAUAGAUGACACAUACUCCGUACCGGGCGUGGGCACAGUAGUUUCAGGGACUACGUUACGUGGAAUGAUUCGACUCAACGACACGCUGCUCCUAGGCCCAGACCCGCUGGGCACCUUCAUCCCCAUCGCCGUUAAAUCCAUCCACCGCAAGAGGAUGCCUGUUAGGGAGGUUCGCGGUGGCCAGACUGCAUCGUUUGCCCUCAAAAAGAUCAAGCGUUCGUCUAUAAGGAAAGGCAUGGUCAUGGUUUCCCCAAAGUUGAUGCCACAGGCCACCUGGGAGUUUGAGGCUGAGAUUUUGGUGCUCCAUCACCCCACCACGAUAUCCCCGAGAUACCAGGCCAUGGUCCACUGUGGCAGCAUCAGGCAGACAGCCACCAUCCUGACCAUGAACAAAGACUGCCUACGGACAGGGGACAAGGCCACAGUCCACUUCCGCUUCAUUAAGACUCCCGAGUACCUGCACUGUGACCAGAAGCUGGUGUUCAGGGAGGGACGCACCAAAGCUGGGGCACCAUCAAAAGUACUGGAUCAGUCGAACACCCAGGCGGCUUAAGCCCAACAGGCCAAGAUGCGAGCCAUUUAAGAAGACUUCUAAAGAUGCACAGCAGCCAAUGAAGGAGGGCCGUGGAUCAGCAUUGCACGGCCGCCAAGUCCGAAACAGCAGCAACUGCAGCUCAAGUCAGGAGGUGGAGGACGCAGGAGAGGUGGUCAGAGACAUCGAGGGAAAGGCCUGAACGCUGCAACAAUCUCUACAGCAGUGCCUGCAGGAGCAGCGGGCACGGCCUAAAAACACAACAUCUCCUUUCUCCUCAGCUCUCCUCAUCUCCUUAAGGGAAGGAAAGUGACUGCAUGGCCCUCUGGUGGUAGCAUACAAAGACUGACCUCCUAAUAUAAAAUGAUAAUUGAACAGUUUUGAAUCAUAAGAGUGAGUUAUUUUCCACAUCAAGUCAAUUUGAAGCUUUAUUGGUGUAAUAACUCAUGGACUGCUGAAGAUGGUGUUGAGUUUUUAUUUAGUUUGGGGUUUUUUUCAGCAAAUUUUUUCUGCAAUUUCUAGAUUUAAUUACAUUAUAUAACCCUUUCUAUUUUAAUACAAGUUUUGGGGGUGUUCAUCAUGUUUGUAGUUCAUUAGAAUGUAUUGUAUUGCAUUAACUGUGUUUCCCAACCAGCAGAGGCAUCUGUCACUUUCCCUUCUCUCCACAGUAUACUUUUUUUCUGUUGCUCAUCUUCUUGUCCUCAUUCUACAUCCUCUGUUCACUUCCACCUAACUUUGAUUAAUGCAACUUUUUUAUGAUGGCAUCAGGGUUGGAGCCUCAGUCAUUUGAGAAAGCAGACUGUGUUCAGUAGUUGAAAAAUAGUAUUUUUAUCCUUUACUAAGCUCGUCGUCAUUGAUUCUGGCAGUUGGAAAUCACAGCAGGAAUCGAUUGAACUGAAAGGGAAAUGAUGCCAACCCUAUGUGUACUUAUGUUUCUGUGACGAGCAGAGCUAAAAAUGAAAGGAAAAUGCAAUGUCGGUUUACCCUGUCAUUCAGUUGAAUGGUGGCUGAAAUUUUCCUGUUGGAAUCACUUUCUAAAUAUUUGCUUUACCGGUGUAACAGUGCCGGGAUUUGGUGAAUUUUGUUGCUCAUUGACAGGAAAGCUAUUUUGGCCACUAUAUUGCACUAUUUACCAGCCAUCACCUGUCAUGCACAUCUCCUUGUGGAUGAAGAGAAAAACAGUCUCAUCCAUUUAAUCUCACAUCGUGUAAAUUUAUUAAUUGCUAUAGAAAGGUCAUUUUAUCUUGGUUUUCCCCUUCUUUUUGAGUCAGGGUUGCGGUUUUAACAGAUCCUGUUUGUGCAACCAGGAAAGACAGAAAAGAUCUGAAAUUCUUCUUUGUUCCCCAAAGUAAUGUCACGUGUAAAAGUAGCUUCAUGUCAUGCGUUUACCUGGCAUAAAAGUCUUUGUGAAGUAACCUAAUUAAACUUAAUUUGCUGGAAAAUAUUUCGAGCGAAGCAGGAGUAAGCACAACUUUCCUCCAUUUUGAUGCAGUCUGACCACCAAAAAUCCAGAGGCUGAUACUCUCAUGCACAAAAACAGAUAUUUCUAAGCUCCAAGCGUUAAAUACAAACCUUUUUUAUAUGACCAGAGAGAAAACGUUUUUCGGUAUGUACUGCAUGAAUAAUUUACAGAUACUUUUCUAUGAUUCAGUUUUGACUCUAGAGAUGUCAGCCAGCCAGAUAAAACACGACAGAAACUGUCUCGUGUCUGAACACACUAGCCGAUCGUGUAAGUUAAAGGACCAGUGUGUAAGAUUUAGUGGCAUCUAACAGUGAGGCUGCAGAGUGAAACCAACUGAAUACCCCUCGCCUCACUCUUCCCUUCCAGCCGUGUAGGAGAAACUAUGGUAGCAGUUCUGUACAAGAGGACCUGUCGAUUAAAAACGGCUCAUUCUAACGAAAACACAGCACUUUAUUUUCAGGUGGUUAUACACUAAUGAAAACAGACCUGUGAUUGUUAUAUUUCAUUUCAGCCAAGAGAUCCCCGUAAAUCUUACACACCGGACCUUUAACGCAUCUCAUCUCAGAUUGUCUUUAAUAAGCUAACAUAAACCACUGAUCACAUGAAACGACUGUUACUGUAGUUUCCCAGUUUGGAGUUUAUAUUGGGAAGGGAACUGAAUAGCAUUAUUGGUUGUCGCAGUUUGAGUGGUGUUUCCCUUUCAUGCAUACAUACCCCGAUUCAAUGCUGGUCAGUUUGGUCUGAGAGUCUUUUGGGCCACUGAAUUACCCAUUUUAUGAAGAUCACAGAUAUACUGAACUGCCAGAAUAUUUCUCCCUUGUUUACCUUUGACCUUUUCUCCUUUUAAGGACCUUACAAAUUGUUUUUUUGAAGGGACACAUUUUGUGUGUUUGUAUGUACAAAAAUUCAAAGUUGUGCAGAACUGAGGAUAAAAAAAAGAUGCCAUUUAAAUUAAGUGCUGCCAGUUUGUGUUGUAAAUCCUUUUAAAUAAAGAUGUUAUAGAAAACGGA